GUGAAUGCGCAGGCGCACCGAGCCUCAAGGAGGGGUGGGGGCGCAUGCGCGCGAGCUGGCACCGGGUCCCAUCUAGAAGUGUCCGAUCUGCCCCGGCUGGUUAGGAGCCACUCCUGGUGAGCAACCUGAAAUGUAAUAAAGAGCUGUGAAGUGGCCUUAUAGAGUUCAAGUGAUAGCCGUGCAAUCAUCAGAACUGAAGUUCAUGUGCCCAGAACCCCUGUAAAGAUUACCCAUAUUUCUGUUCCUGAGUGCAGUAGAGUUUUGAUUCACCAUGGAUAAUCUGUCAUCAGAAGAAAUUCAGCUAAGGGCUCACCAGGUUACUGAUGAGUCUUUGGAAAGUACGAGGAGAAUCCUGGGUUUAGCCAUUGAGACUCAGGAUGCGGGAAUCAAGACCAUCACUAUGCUGGAUGAACAAGGGGAACAACUAAAUCGCAUAGAAGAAGGCAUGGACCAAAUAAAUAAAGACAUGAGAGAGGCAGAGAAGACUUUAACAGAGCUCAACAAGUGCUGUGGCCUUUGUGUCUGCCCUUGUAAUAGUUUCUCAGAUGGUGGUUGUUUCUUUGGAACCAGGGCGAAGAACUUUGAGUCAGGAAAGAACUAUAAGGCAACAUGGGGAGAUAGUGGAGACAACUCACCUAGCAAUGUAGUAUCUAAGCAACCAGGCCGGAUAACAAAUGGUCAGCCUCAACAGACCACAGGAGCAGCCAGCGGUGGAUACAUCAAACGUAUAACAAACGAUGCCAGAGAAGAUGAGAUGGAGGAGAACCUGACUCAAGUGGGCAGUAUCCUAGGCAAUCUAAAGAACAUGGCUCUGGACAUGGGCAAUGAGAUCGAUGCUCAGAACCAGCAAAUACAGAGGAUCACAGAAAAGGCUGACACCAACAAGGAUCGGAUUGACAUUGCCAAUACAAGAGCAAAGAAACUUAUUGAUAGCUAAAGCCACUGCUGUGCUUCUUUACCAGUUACUCAGUUCUCUAGCUUCUUCCAAGUCAUUACCUGUUGAGAGUUUGAAAGUUUGUGAAAGAAGGGCCAGAGGAGGAAUGCCUCCCUGCUUCUUAUUUUCUCUCCUUUGGGGGUAGGCUCCUGUUCACACUUCACAGCCUCUCUCAGUUCACACUCUUAGGCUGCCUUCCGUACAUCACACAUAGUCUGUCAUCCUCUUCUCUUAGCUUCUUUUGCAUUCAAGAUUUGGAAGCAUUGCCAAAGAGCCAUGAAGAAGGCAUCUGUUUAAGUAGCUUUUGUUGUUGGUUGGUUGGUUUGGUUUUGGUUUUGUUGUAAAGAGUAGAGGAAGGAACAAGAAGUGAAGUUGUUAACUCAUUAAAGAAACUAUAGAUCAAAAACAAAACAACAGGCUAAUGCCUGAGGUGGGAGCUUUUACUCAUGCAUUUUGAUUUACAUCACUAUUUUGCAGCUUCUACUCUAAAGGAAAAUACUGUGGGUUUUCUUAAAGUGAGCCUCACUUUUGGAUUUGUAGUGAUUUGUGUAUGUACAUAGGUUCUGGGAUACCAUUUCAUAUUGCACAUGCAGGAACACUGUAUAAAUGAGUGCCUUUUAUCCUCAUAUUAUGAGUCAUAUCAUGGUCCCAUUGUAGGCCUAUUAACCUUGUGAAGUUGUUAUUAGUCUUUUAAAGAUGUACAUAUAUAUGUGAAAUAUGAGACUUCCUCACUAAAGCAGGGCUUCAAAAUUUUGGGGAAAGUUCGACAGUGUAUCAUGUGAAUUCAGAUUUACCUCAAAAACUAAGAAUUACGUUUAGAUAUGAAAAAGAAAACUCGUUUUAAUCUCAGGUAGAAAAAUAGAUUGUUUUGAGUUUUGUAGUUUUAGACAUUUAAAAAGUUAUAAUUUGUUACUAAAAGUUGUUUGGGAAAUUAUGCUUUUGAAUUAAUUAUUGAUGACUGCACUGCCAUGCAUGCAUACAGAUCAUGUUUAUGUAGAUCCUGAAGUUCUAGGAAAGCUGAGUUAGCAUUUGCCACCUUUGUUUAAAAUUAGCAUCUGUAUACUUCAGAGCUACCAAAGUAAAUAACCAUUGCCUGAUUCUUACAAUUAAAUUUUGUAACUGGUGGUAUUGUUCUUUCAAAUAGGUAACAUGUUUCUGACUUAUUUGUGGGGGCAAUCAUUUUAUCACCUUUUGUUAACAAAUUGAAUAAAGCAAAUGUCCAUAAUCAA